UUGCUAUAGCUCAACCUAAUUGGAUUCAAAAAAUAAAUGAUAUCCACGUGGCCAUGGAAGAAAAUGUCUUUUGGGAAUGUAAAGCAAAUGGGAGGCCCAAGCCUACAUACAGGUGGCUAAAAAAUGGUGAACCACUGCUAACUCGGGAUAGAAUUCAAAUCGAACAAGGAACGCUCAACAUAACAAUAGUGAACCUCUCAGAUGCUGGCAUGUAUCAGUGUGUGGCAGAGAAUAAGCAUGGAGUUAUCUUUUCCAGUGCCGAGCUUAGUGUCAUAGCUGCAGGUCCAGAUUUUUCAAGAACUCUCUUGAAAAGAGUAACUCUUGUCAAAGUGGGAGGUGAAGUUGUCAUUGAGUGUAAGCCAAAAGCUUCUCCAAAACCUGUGUACACCUGGAAGAAAGGAAGGGACAUAUUAAGAGAAAAUGAAAGAAUUGCCAUUUCUGAAGAUGGAAACCUCAGAAUCAUCAACGUGACUAAAUCAGAUGCUGGAAGUUACACGUGCAUAGCCACUAACCAUUUUGGAACUGCUAGCAGUACUGGAAACUUGGUAGUAAAAGAUCCAACAAAGGUCAUGGUACCCCCUUCCAGUAUGGAUGUCACUGUUGGAGAAAGUAUUGUUCUGCCAUGCCAGGUAACCCACGAUCACUCCCUGGACAUCGUGUUCACGUGGUCAUUUAACGGACAGUUGAUAGACUUUGACAAAGAUGGCGACCACUUUGAAAGAGUUGGAGGGCAGGAUUCAGCUGGUGAUUUGAUGAUCCGAAACAUUCAGCUGAAGCAUGCUGGGAAAUAUGUCUGCAUGGUCCAAACGAGUGUGGACAAGCUAUCCGCCGCUGCAGACCUGAUUGUAAGAGGUCCCCCAGGUCCCCCCGAGGCUGUGACCAUAGAUGAAAUCACAGACACCACUGCUCAGCUGUCCUGGAGACCCGGGCCUGACAACCAUAGCCCCAUCACCAUGUAUGUCAUCCAAGCCAGGACUCCGUUCUCCGUGGGCUGGCAAGCAGUCAAUACAGUCCCAGAACUCAUCGAUGGGAAGACAUUCACAGCGACUGUGGUGGGUUUGAACCCUUGGGUGGAAUACGAAUUCCGCACGGUUGCAGCCAAUGUGAUUGGGAUUGGGGAGCCCAGCCGUCCCUCAGAGAAACGGAGGACGGAAGAAGCCCUCCCUGAAGUCACCCCGGCUAACGUCAGUGGUGGAGGAGGCAGCAAAUCCGAACUGGUUAUAACCUGGGAGACAGUCCCUGAGGAGUUACAAAACGGGAGAGGCUUUGGUUACGUGGUGGCCUUCCGGCCCUAUGGCAAAAUGAUCUGGAUGCUGACGGUGCUGGCCUCUGCCGAUGCCUCCAGAUACGUGUUCAGGAAUGAGAGCGUGCGCCCCUUCUCUCCCUUUGAGGUUAAAGUGGGUGUCUUCAACAAUAAAGGAGAAGGCCCCUUCAGCCCAACCACAGUGGUGUAUUCUGCAGAAGAAGAACCCACCAAACCACCAGCCAGCAUCUUUGCCAGAAGUCUUUCUGCCACAGACAUUGAAGUUUUCUGGGCCUCCCCGCUGGAAAAGAAUAGAGGACGCAUACAAGGUUAUGAGGUUAAAUAUUGGAGACAUGAAGACAAGGAAGAAAAUGCUAGAAAAAUACGAACAGUUGGAAAUCAGACAUCAACAAAAAUCACCAACUUAAAAGGCAGUGCACUGUAUCACUUAGCUGUCAAGGCAUAUAAUUCCGCUGGGACAGGCCCCUCUAGUGCGACAGUCAACGUGACAACCAGGAAGCCACCACCGAGUCAGCCCCCCGGAAACAUCAUAUGGAAUUCAUCGGACUCCAAAAUUAUCCUGAAUUGGGAUCAAGUGAAGGCCUUGGAUAAUGAGUCGGAAGUAAAAGGAUACAAAGUCUUGUACAGAUGGAACAGACAAAGCAGUACAUCUGUCAUUGAAACAAACAAAACAUCGGUGGAGCUUUCUUUGCCUUUUGACGAAGAUUAUAUAAUAGAAAUCAAGCCAUUCAGUGAUGGAGGUGAUGGCAGCAGCAGUGAACAAAUUCGAAUUCCAAAGAUAUCAAAUGCCUAUGCGAGAGGAUCCGGGGCUUCCACUUCAAACGCAUGUACGCUGUCAGCCAUCAGUACGAUAAUGAUUUCCCUCACAGCUCGGUCCAGUUUAUGACAAAAGUUGUCUAAAGGACUUGCUGUUUAUAAUAUAAGCAACAUUUAGCUAGUUGUUUUGAAGACACCCAGUACUAAGUAAUAUUGUUGUUCGAGUACAUCUUAUUAACGGAAAUAAAAAUGUUUUUUGCUUCUUU